UCCGUCCUGCUGCCCCACCUUCAACGGUUGGGAUGUGUGGAACGGCAUCCGCACCGGCGGCCGCAACGGCGGCUUCGGCCAGAGCUGCGGCGGCAGGACUAACGCCGCAUGGAGCGACAACGGCAGUGGCUGCGACGGAAACGGCGGCGGUGGGAACAGCAGCAGCAGCGGCAUCCUCGGUGGCCGCGAUGGUGCCCGGCAUCGAGACGGUAGCAGCGGCGGCGAUGGCAACGGCGGCGGUGGGGACAGCAGUAGCAGCGGCGUCCCCGGUUGCCGCGUUGGCGCCGGGCAGUCAAGAUACGUGCGCCGACAGUGGCGGCCUGACCUGCAGCAGCGGUGGAGACGACGGCAUCUACGGUUUCAACAGGGGCGCGUCGUACCCUUUUGACCCGGGAGAAUUAUUUGCGCAGGAGGUGCGUGAGGAGGGAGAUUACAACAGCGGUGGUAAGGAGGACCGGAGCAGCGGUGCCCGCAGCAGCAGCAGCGGCGACGGCGGAGAUGGCGCGGCCUGGCAUGGAGCGUCAACGCAUCCCUUUGACAGAGGGAAGCUGUCCCGGUGGAGGAGAGCGACCAGGGGGCCCGUGCUGGGAGUGAUCGAGGUAGAGAUGCAUGGGCACAUGCCGGGGGGUGAUGCUUCGCACNUUGACAGAGGGAAGCUGUCCCGGUGGAGGAGAGCGACCAGGGGGCCCGUGCUGGGAGUGAUCGAGGUAGAGAUGCAUGGGCACAUGCUGGGGGGUGAUGCUUCGCACCAAGCGGCACCACCGGGAGCGGCGGCGGCGGCGGCGCGAACGGCUUCGGCCAGAGCGCCGUCCCCGGCAGCAGCGUCAUCAGGAGCGGCGACGGCAGUGGUGGCUUCGGCCAGAGCUCCGUCGGCGGCAGCUGGAGUGGCGGCCUCUGCCAGAGCUCCGGGGGGGGCGGCAACGGCGACAGCGGUGACGGUAGUAGCGGCCGCAGCAGCAGCGGCGGCGGCGGCGGCGGCGGCUUCGGCAGCAGCGACGGCGGGAGCGGCGCCACCGGCAACGGCAGCAGUUUGAGCGGGGAUGAGAGGGCGCGCGAGCGGCGGAAGAGUUUACCCUUGUCUGUUUCCCCCCCGCCCACCCCUCCCGUGCCCCCCACAGCGCCACACCUGCAGCGAGCCCCGGCGACGUACGCGCAAGCUAACGCGGGGCGGGCGCAGCGUAAUUUGGGGAGUAAAGGCGAAGCGGAAGACGGAUAUUUGGCUCCGGUGGACACCCUCGAGUCGACCGAGCAGGGCGAGGAUAUGGUGGCACCGACGACCUCACCAUAUUUGCGCCAAAUUGGAGACCAUGUAAAAUAUCAACGAGUUUGUCUGGGUUUUGUGUGCAGGCAUUGGCAUGUUGACUUCACGUUGUUUUGUUCUUUGUGGUUUUUAUUUUUGUUGUUCCAUGUCGGGUUUCUCCCCGUGGCGCCGAAGACGAGAAAUUCAUCCAGGAAUCGCCUCCGAGAGACAACGCGUUACUGUGUACGGCAUCCCUGUUUGUGGUUGAGUAUUUAUUUGAUUUUUUCUGUGUUUUGACUUGUUGUGUUUUGGACCCGAAUUUGUGUAAUAUGCGAAAUUCAAUGAUCACUGUCGAACUGCUGUUUGUACUGCUGUCUAAGAACCAUGCGGGGGGGAUUUGUGUACGAUGUUUCUUGCCGCAGUACCAGCAGAGCAGAGUGCUUUCGUCGAGUUCUGUUCAAGUUGGAUUUGUUUCCUUAUGAUUUUCUGGGCGUUUUCUUCGUUCUGCUGUGUUUUGCGUCAAGAAUCAGGGGGAUAGGAAAUAUGUUGUCAUGAUUCCAGACGCAACACCAGCGAAUGCUAUGUGUUUUUGAUAUGUAUGCAGGGCAUUUUUCAGCUGGGGGGCUGUUUCGUACACUUUGAUGUGUUGAGAUCCUCUGUUGGUUGGAAAGGGAGGGAAGGAAGCGCAGGCAGAGAUAUCUGUAUGUUUCGGGGAAAUAUUCCAGCUGGGGGGCUGUCACGUAUUGAUGUUGGUAUUGAUAAUGCUGUCUUGCGCCAAAACCAGUGAGAUACGGGUGUCGCAGAAUUUGCAUCUUUCGGGAGAUGUUGCA